UGGCAAUUAGGUGUGUUGGGGGGGCGGAAAUCCUGUCUUCCUGAUGAGAUUGGCUCAGGAUGCACGUUUUCCUCAUAGGUUGUUUGAAACAAGGCUUACCUUCUCUUAGUAAUCUACUUUCCAAUGAAAGAAUGCUAUUCCUUUUGUGUUCAUAAAUAUUGUAUUUUAUGGAGUUCAUAUGGCUUGGUUCUGUGUGUGUGUGCGAGUUUUGCUGUAGUAUUCUCUUUCAGGGUAAAAUCCUUAACUCUGAUUAAUUAGGUGGAAAUUUUAUAUCUUGGAGGUACCUCUCCUGGCUGUGUAAUUAAAGAAUUACCACCGAAAGCAGGCAGUGGUUGUGGAGAACUAUCUCAAAGUCAGCCCUGUUCCCUGAUGCAUCACAGGUGGAUCCACACUGUGGAGAAGCCACACUGCUGUGCUAAGUGUGGGAAGGCUUUCUCCUUGUGUUCCCAUCUCAUGGAUCACGAGCGACGGAGCCAUAGCAGCAUGGAGCCAUAUCUCUGUCCACAGCGUGGAAAGGCUUUCUCCAGACGUUACCGUCUCGUGAAUCACGUGGGACGCCAUAGUGGCGAGAAGCCCUAUGUUUGUGCAGAGUGCGGGAAGGCUUUCUCCACACAUUCCCAGCUCUUGCAUCACGAGUGAUGCCAUAGCGUCAUGAAGCUGUACCUCUGCAAAGUGUGUGGGAAGGCAUUCAGACACAUGUCCAACCUCUCCGUUCACCGCAGGACGCACAGCGGGGAGAAGCCAUACUGGUGUAGUGAGUGCGGCAAGACCUUUGUUGCGCUCUAUAUACACACCAAUCACCACGCUGCGCACAGUGGGACGAAGCUGAAGAUGUACCACUGUGCCAAGUGCGGGAAGACAUUCAGUUACACCUCUGGCUUUGCCACGCACCUCAGGACGCACACUGGGGAGAAGCCUCACUGCUGUGCUCAGUGCGGGAAGAGGUUCAUGCAGAAACAUGGCCUUGUGCACCACAACAGGAUGCACACCGGGGAGAGGCCGUACCGCUGUGCCGAGUGCGGGAAGAGGUUUACGGAGAAAAAUGACCUCACCGUGCACCGCAGGACACACACUGGGGAGCGGCCGUACGUGUGUGACGUGUGUGGCAAGGCCUUCAGCAUGCGUGCCAUUCUCACCAACCACCAGGUCGUGCACACUGGAGAAAAGCCACACAAGUGUACCGAGUGCGGGAAGGCUUUCUCCACACGUUCUUAUCUCUUGGUUCACGAGCAAAGCCAUAGCAGCGAGAGGCCCUACCCAUGUUCUGAGUGUGGGAGGGCAUUCAGACGGACCUUCAAGCUCACUGAGCACUUCAGGACACUAAAUGGGGAGAGGCCCUAUGCGUGUGAAACGUGUGGCAAGGCCUUCCGCGUGCGUGGUACUCUUGUAGCACACCAGGCUGUGCACACUGGCCUCGGGCCACACAGGUGCAGCAAAUGUGGAAUUGCGUUCAGCCAGGCCUAUAGCCUCCUCCAACACAGCAGUGUGGACACUGAAGACAGGCCGUUCCAGUGUGUGUGUGGUAAGGCCUUCAGCACACUUGCCUCCUUCUAUGGACACCAGGCUGUGCACAGUGGCUGUGCAUAUAAGUGUGAUAAUUGUGGGAAGGUGUUCAGCCAGGCCAGCGAUCUACUCAUACACCGCAAGACACACACUGGGGAGAAGCUGUUUGUGUGUAGUGAGUGCGGGAAAGCCUUUAAAUCCCACUCAGAACUCCACAGCCACCAUGCCAUCCACACACAACGCAAGUCCCAUCUGUGCACAGAGUGCGGGAAGGCAUUUUCCCGGAAGGUGAAUCUAGUGCGCCACCAACGGAUGCACAUCAGAGGAGAGGGCCCCUACGUGUGUGACGUAUGCGGCAAGGUGUGCAGCAGGCGCUCCAACCUCACGUGCCAUCGCAGGCUUCACACCCAAAAGAAGCCCUGCCAGACAGCAACAAGGCGUGAUCCACCCAUGUGUGGCCUUUAAGGACUUAUUCUCCACAGAUCAUGAAGCCCUGAACCAGAGUACCUCAGGGACAGUGCCCAGGCCCUGAAUUCAAGCCCUUGGACUGGCACUGAAAAAUGAUGUAAGUUUAGCUACUGUUGAGGCUCUCAUAAUCCCUAUGGCCCUGUAUUCUGCAGUAACCCUGUUGCAUAGGGUGAUUGUAUCUCCACUUUUUUCUUUUUGAUCAUCCCAGGGGGAAUGUUUCAGGUUGGAUCUGAAUUUCCCAGGACGCACUGCCAUGGAGGGGACAGGUGACAUGGAGGUGGUGGCUCCUGGGGAGGUGGCAUCCUGAGGUCACACAUCCACAGGCCUGGCUCCCACCCUCAGGCCAUCAGGACCUGGUGCUGAUGCUCCGCAGUUGUUGGGAGGGGGUGGGAGAGAACCAGUACAGGUGCAAGGCACAUCAGGAGCCAGGGCAAGCUGUGGUGUCCCAGCAGCCAGAGAGACAUGUGGAGAGCCCAGAUGGAGGAUGAGGAAACAAGGGAGAGGAUUUUCUGAAGCCAGGCUUGAGCUAGGUAUGGGUGCUUUGGGUUUGCAGAGCUUCUGCAGAAUCUAGGUGUCCCGGAUGUAACUCAUUCCUGCUGUCAGUCAUAAAGACACUGGGCUGCAGAUGGGAAGGUGUGGGAGUUUGAAACUCUGAAAUCAGGGGGCCAUGUUUGUCCUGAGCUCCGUCCCAGCAGGAUGUGCUGAGUGUGGCUGUCCCCUCUCCUUGACCACACACUGGGAGGAAGCGAGAAGUCUGUAGGGCUCUGCCCCACCAAUGGACCUGGAUUCAGUGGGGAGAUGUGCAUGAGGCACUGGUGAUGGUGAUAGUUUCCUGAUAGAAUAUAAAGAACAAGUGCCUUUUUUUUUUGGUCCGGUCGUGGGGCCUGA